AUGAUUGCACACUCAAUGACUCAACUAAGAUUUCCAAUUUCACAAAGAAAUAAGAAACAAGCUAGCAUCAUCUUGUGUGUUCUCUCUCAAAAUGGAUGUUCCACCCUUGCUCAUCUUCUCUCUCUUCUUCUUCUUCUUCCUCAUCUCUCCUCCUUGUUUGAUCCACGCCCAGCAGCCUUACGUCGGGAAGGCCACUACCGCAUGUGGCACCACAGGAAACUCAAAUACCGUUGUUGGAUACACCUGCAACGGCCUAAACACCGCUUACCAAGCCUAUAUCACAUUCAGAUCCCAAUCUCCCUACAACACUGUCUCCUCCAUUUCUCAGCUGUUGAAUUCAGACCCAUCACGAGUCUCUCGAAUCAAUUCAGUUCCCGAUUAUUCGUCCAUAAUAGCGCUGGCCCCUUCACCAGAGCCGCCUCCCAGUCCCGCUUCUGAACCCUCAUCCAAUACUCCAUGGGUAUAUGCUGUCGUAGGAGUUAUUGGAGGUGUUGGUGUUUUGUUGGUCAUUGGGAGUAUUGCUUUCUGGCUAUUUAUUCGUGGAAGAAAUAUCAGAAGGGAGGGUUUUCAGGUAAUUUAAGAGAUCAGGGGGCAAGAGGAUUGAGGAAGAAGAAUCCACGGUGUAGGACAAGAUGUCAAGGUUUCAAAAUGUGGAAACUUUAUUUAGGAAUAAAUUUUACUUUUGUGUCACUUGUUUCGGCAAUGUUUUUAGGGUUUGAGCCUACAUGUAGCCCACGUGCAUAUGAUAUUCAAUCGUCGAUAAUAUUCUCAGA